AUGUCACAGUCAAUAACAACGCCAAAUACGACAAUCAAUCGGACGGGAAAACUUCAGUCUGUCGAAGAACUGGAUGCUAUUAUCAAUAUGUUAGCAGUCUCUCGAAAUUCUCCUUUCGAUUUGGACUGCUCCAAUUUGCUGAAAUCGGAAGAUGUAGACGAACCGAACGAUAGUCAUUCGAACGCGUUAAGUCAGCUGCUUCGCGAUUACUGCGAGAAGAUGGAGGGGUCAAGUUAUCCGGAUCCAUCUUCCACUGUACACCAGUCUUACCAACAGACGACAAUCGAAUGCAGCGAUUCUCAGUUGGAAAAGCUUCAACAACUCAAGGAACGUUUGACUUUAUCCAGCGAAAAAUUCUCAUCGAUACUCGAUUCAUCUGAACCCGGAACUCAGCCGAUGGUACCACGUGACCGGCUGCCUGAAAACAAGCCUAUUCCAUUCCCCGACCCAACUCCCUUGUGUCAAGCGGUUGAAAAUCUGGAGCGGUUGUUUUCUGUUCAUAAACGUAUUGCGACCGGAUUGGAACGAAUAGUUCAGGUGAACGCAGAUCGAAUUCGUCCAGUCGUUUGUUUUACCCCAAAAAAAAGUCGUUCAGCUGUAGCACCCUUUCGGUGCUUAACUACCAUGCCACCAGAGGGAAGCACGAGGACAGGGAUAUUGCCAGUUUGCCUAAACCUAGACAGGGAAAGUCGAGAGGCUGAGGUCGGGUUCGAACCACGGACCUUCCGGUCAGCAAUUUGGUUUGGUUUUGGUCAAACAACAACCGGCUCACACAAGCAGGAGGCUGGACCAAACGUAUUAAAAAGGAUUCACACAACCAAUGUGGAGUUCGAAACGGCAUCCAUAAAGAAUCUUUCUGGAAAUUCUGACGCGUUCUGGAUGCAACAUUGGAAACCGGCAUUCGGCCAAUGCUGGGUCAUGAUUGGUUGUUGGGUCCAGACUUUCGACCAACCAGAUCUCGUCUUGAUGCCGGACCGGCAGUCGUCCCGAAUUCAUAGCCAAUCUUGCCUAGGAUGGACUUCUCGGCUUAUGUGGAACAGCGAAUGCGCGAAGCUGAUUUGUCCAUCCUAUGUCAGGGCGUGUUUCGCAUGUCGCGAUCUCAGGCAGAGUCAUUCUACGGCGAUCACAAAGAGAAAGGUCCGUGGUUCGAACCCGGCAUCUGCCUCUCGACGUCCCCUGUCUAGGCUUGGGCAACCUGACAGUAUCCCAGCCCUCGCGCUUCCCUCGGGUGGCGUGGCAGCCAGGCAUCGAAAGGGUGUUACAGCUGGACAGUAUUUUACGUUUAUUUGCAAUCUCGAAAAACAGGUAUUGCGGCAUGCGGUAUGCGUUGAUUUGAAUGCCCGACCAGCUGAACACCCUGGACUGGGU